CACAUAGAUAAUUAAUUUUAGAAAUAUUGGACCAGAAAGAAGAAUACCUGCAGGACAUAAAAGACCUUACAAAGAUUGUCCGUGGGCAGGAAUUACAAAUUAAACACCUUCUGGUCAUAAUAGACAAACUGAGACCGCAUAUUGAAUCGAAGGUAUGCAAUGGGUAACGGCCUAAUGUGGAACAAGUAAACUGCAGUCUUCCGUUGGAAUUCAAAGAUUUAACACAAGUAGAAACUCAAACCAACGAACAGCCAGAAACAAAAGUUGAACUUAAAGAAGCGUAUGUUCAAACUGUGGAUCAGGAUGUAUCAACAUCUAAACCAAGAAGUCCAGAAAAUCGUUCAGAAAUGCGUUCCGUAAUUGAUGUUCUCAGAGAAUGUGCCGAAAAUGUUAAAACGAUCUUUAGAACUUCUUCUUCUGAUUAUUCAUUACGCAGUAGCUUCAAAAGGCAACCUGAAAUUCGAUUUGCCACAUACACAAGUGAAAAACUAGCUGAUAUUCCUGAUAAAUAUAUUGGGAGUAACAAUACGACUUGUCUGGAGCAGCUACCGAAGGAGGAGGAUUCUAAAUCAGAAACUCUUCCGCAUUCGAGCAACUGUCAUCCCUUUUGUCCACUGAUGAAACCACUUCAGUGUUUGCUUGGGUUGGCCAGACAUAAAUCAGAAAGCGUCAUAACAGUAAGGAACAAGCAACAGGCCAUCCUUGAUAAUAUCGCCGCCAGUUUUAAAUCCAAUGCGAGGGCGGGGCUUCUACAACUGAAGGAUUUACAAGACACAAGUAAACACAUUACAUUUGCUGCGGAAAUCCAUGAAACAUUUCCUAUACCGGAUACGGAUAAUUCUCCAGAUACGUCAGAAGGAAAAAGCUGCGGAUCUUCUAAAAAGGAAGAGGAAGCAGACGCCAACGUAAAUGCUACGGCAAAACAAGACACGGAGGGAUCACAGUUUCUUUCGAGUUUGGAUGUACUCUCUACGGUAAAUGAGCAAUCAAACGAAGAAAACUCAUCUAAAUCCACCAACAAACAAAAUCGAACACCUUCUACCAAUGAUUCCAAAAAGUGUGAAGAUGACAGUAUAGAAGAGUCUUCCGGAAAGAAUAAAUCUAACUUUUCUAAGAAAUCAGAUAGAUCGUCAAGUGGGUUUGUCAAGAGUCAACCAAAAAGUACAACUUCACAACAGCAAUCUUCAAAAUCUGCAAAAAGCUUUAAACAACAGAAACAAUCUGGUUUACCAGAGAAUGAGAAAAAAUCUUGUAACUCUUCCACAACUGUUCGAAAAAAAUCGGAAAUAAACGCGUACGAUAUUCCUAAGUCGGAAAAAUCAUUCUGUUCCAAAAAACAAGAAUACAUAGUUAACUAUUUCACUAAUGUCAAACCAAAAUCAGAAAUACCUUUGGAAGAUAAAGACCAGAAGUCUGAGAAAUCAGCCUCCAACAAAGGCCAUAGGUCAGAAAAGUCUGUUUCAUCUGCUACACAGAAGUCAAAGACACUUCACAGUGACAUCAGCAUAAAAGAGGAAACGAACUACAAUUCUCAGGUACAAUCUCAUAGGACCUCCAUCGCAUGCUUUCAGAAGUAUGAAAAGGAACCUGACAAUUCCACAACUUCUUCUAAUAAUGUGAAGACAACGAGUAUUGUGGACGAAAUCUUACAGAAAGAAAUGAAUAUUAUAAAAAAAGAACUGGAAGUCCUCGCCCGUAAAUUUAAUUGGAAGUCAGGAAAACCCUUGACAGAGGACAAACAAAAGUCAGAAAACUCAUUGUCUACAAAUGCUCCUCUCGAUUCUUUAAAAUCAAUAAGUAAUUGUCCAAGAAACUCCGAAUUAUCCCUUACCGACAGUGAACAAAAAACAGAAAAAAAUAUCGAACAACUAACUGAGAGGUCCUUUACAAGGGACGAAAGAGAAUCUGAACCCGUAACGGCUGCUAAGGAACAGUUGCAGGUGAAUGAAAACUGCUUAAAUUUGAUUAAAGAUUGUUCGCCUAAACAUGUAAUAUCAACCAAAUGCAACAGCAGUCCGACAACGACCACAUUGAAAGUAGAAAUGACUGAUACCGAAGGUAAACUUCAUCAGAUCAACGCAACAUUUGAGAGUUCUGACGAACUUCAAGGAAUCAUAGAGAUUGACGACAACUCUGUUGUCCAUGUGAAAUUGCUGUGUGGUAACGUGUUUCAGCAAAGUGCGAUCGGUAUUGAAAAAAUUUCCGAUGAUAUUGUACAAAAUUACGAAAUUAAACCAUACGGUGAAACGUCGAACGAAUCGUGCAUAGAGUCCGGUAAGGAAACAUUCCAGGAAUGUAACAUAUCUGGGGUUAAAGUUUGUAAAAAGAAAGGAGCUAUUGCAGCCAAAGCCUUCUCCGUUACGUCUGUCGUCACUGAAAUACCCAUGGUCAGAAGUACGAGCAGUCUUGGUAUGUGUGCAGAAAUGACUGACAAAUUAAAGGCAAUUGUCACGGAAAUGGAUAAGAAACUGGAGACGCCGGAAGGAAAGAAAGAAGUACUCGAUUCUCUCAGAUCAUUGUGCAGAUUACCUUCAUAUGAAGAUGCAAGUCGUGCAAACAGCUGUUCAGAAUGUUAAAGAGUUUUAAAUUACUUCAAUUAAACUAUUAAUAUCUAUAAUAUUGACGUACGUUACUUAUUACAUCUUACGUUAAAUAAAUUUGUU